AUGGGAGCGUCUAAGCAAGACAGCUUUGCCGCAGAAUCUCCUACCAACAUCGACGUGAAGAUAACCGAGCUCGCUGGGAACAAAGCGUCGAAUGCCCGAAACGACAGCUUUUCCAAGUCUGAAACCAGCGCCGUGAUCAAAGCCAACGCAAAGAAGAGAUCGGAUGUCGACCAUAGAGGUCUUGUGGCCACUCUGGAGGCCCUACUCACAAAUCGCGAGGAUGAAUUUGAGAGAGUGCAGUCAAAGUACGGCAAGCUAAAGGACAGGUGCAAGAAGCUUUUAGACGAGCACGACACUCGAGGCAACGCUCUGCAGGAGUGCGAAUCCAGCCGCGACCUUCACCUCAAAAUAGUCUGCAACAUUCUGAACACGGGCAUCCACCCCUACGCUACUCAGAACGGCAUGAUGCCAGAAGAAUGGACAGAAGAAAGUAUUGACAAGAUCAUGAAACCCCUAGCCUACGAUGCUCUGAAGGCUUCCUCUGGUCAAGACUCUGAGCCGUGA